AUUGGACGAAUUUGCGAUUAUUGUAUCAUGACAUCAGCCGAGGCUCUGCGAGCUUUGCGACCGCUUCGUGGUUCAAACGCCCUCGUGAGCACCUUCCCCACACGCCCAUACGCGCGACGAAACCUUCAGCUGCUCGUAAAUGGUAAAAGAAGGACUAUUUGUACAGAAUGCCUACGGGCUGUUCGUCGACAAGGAAAGGAGUGGAAGCCAGCGCUGGGCUUGAAUUUGCGGACUGGGAUCAGGACAUACGCCCAGGAAGUGCAAACCAGCGUCUUGGAGAAGGAGGGCAGAAAUAGGGAAGAUGGCCAGCAAAACACUCCUAUGAGGGAGUACGACUCCCGCGUUGAUAGUGGCCGCUUGCGCGACGAUACCCACCAGCGAGGCAUUAUACAGGACCUCGAGGACCUGCACCGCAUGCUCUCCCGCUACGAACAACCUCCAGUCCAACAACCUACGGUCGAAUCUCUCCAGCCUCCCAAGAAGUCUAUCUUCUCUCUCUUCUCGUCGAAUACGCCCUCUCGUGCUGCUCUGCCUCCCAUCCCCGAAUCGCUGCCUAAAGGGCUAUACAUGUAUGGCGACGUGGGCUCCGGCAAGACGAUGCUGAUGGAUCUCUUCUACGAUACUCUCCCACGCAACAUCACCAAGAAGACGCGCAUUCAUUUUCAUGCUUUCAUGCAAAGCGUACACAAGGAUUUGCACAAGAUGAAGAUGCAGCAUGGCAAUGAGGUCGACGCCAUUCCCUACGUGGCGGCCAAUAUUGCUCGCGAAGCCAGCGUGCUCUGCUUCGACGAGUUUCAGUGCACUGACGUGGCCGACGCCAUGAUCUUGCGUAGACUUAUCGAGAGUCUCAUGUCCCAUGGAACUGUAAUUGUCACUACUAGCAAUCGUCACCCAGACGAUCUGUACAAGAAUGGGAUUCAGCGCGAAUCCUUCAUCCCGGCCAUCAACCUGCUCAAGACGCGCUUGUCAGUCCUCAACCUCGAUUCGCAGACCGAUUACCGCAAGAUUCCUCGUCCACCCUCCGGUGUCUACCACCACCCGCUCGAUGAAGCCGCCAAAAGCCAUGCUGAACGCUGGUUUCGUUUCAUGGGCGACUUCGAGCACGACCCUCCCCACACCGCCUCACAUACCGUUUGGGGUCGCGAGAUUGAGGUACCCAAAGCCAGUGGUCGGUGCGCGUGGUUCACUUUUGAUCAAAUCAUCGGGCGCGCGACGGGUGCUGCCGACUAUCUGGAGCUCAUGCGCAACUACGACGCCUUCAUCGUCACGGAAGUGCCGGGCAUGAAUCACAAGAGCCGCGAUUUAGCCAGGAGGUUCAUCACUUUUAUCGAUGCUAUUUACGAAAGUAGGGCAAAACUCGUCCUUACAACCGCAGUCCCCCUUCCCUCGCUCUUUCUCUCCACAUCAGAGCUCUCCGAAGCCCUCUCUUCAUCGUCCUCCUCAUCGUCCUCCAAAUCAUCAUCAUCUUCCUCGUCCUCAACUCAACAACAACAAUCCACAGAUUCCGGCGCCGACGUCUCAGACGUAAUGCGCUCCCUCAUGGACGACCUCGGCCUCAACAUGUCCACACUAAAAAACAGUUCCAUCUUCAGUGGUGACGAGGAGCGCUUUGCGUUCGCGCGCGCGCUUAGCAGAUUAUCGGAGAUGGGCAGUCGUGAGUGGGUGGAGCGCGGUAUGGGGCUGGAAGGGAAAGGUGGGAAGGAGGAAGCUGAGGGCUGGAAGAAGGUUAGGAGUCGGUGGAGAGAAGAUAGUCUGUAACGAGAGCAUCUUGUUGUUGUUCAUCACGUUUUCGAGCUUUGUUGGAGGGAUAGGAGAUGGCAAACAGUGAGUUAUUUUUUUGUAUAUACGUGGAGAGUCAUCCUCUGCUUCUUCUCUCCCAUAUUUACCCGACGACAAUCUCGAGAUAUUGAUUGUGUUUUUUCUGCGUGCCCGUGUUUCUCAUUGUUC